UUGCAGUUUGACAGUCCGAUUGAGACCGAUUGUCAAAUUUGAUUGCACGAAUAUCGUUGUCCUAUUUCUUUUAUUUGUAACCGGUAGUUUAACAUAAAUCGCAGUCUAAUUAAAUGAACAUUUUAAGUAUUGUAGUAUAAUGCAGCCGUUGUCAAUAAACUCUAAAACUGAUGUUCAAAUCGACAUAAACCAAGUAAGAAUCGAUAUUCUACAUGGCAUUCGUGAAUGCACAGAUCGGGGUCUCACGCAGACUGCUAAAUGGCUAGCUGAGCUAAAUUAUUCUUUGAAAGACCACAAGAUAGUGUAUGAAACUCCUCCGAAUGCUUAUGAUGAUGGGAUAUCACCGGAAGAAAAGGAAGCGUAUACAUUAGCCAAAAGUUACUUUGAUUGUCAAGAAUAUGACAGAGCUGCCCAUUUCCUAGACAACUGUACUAGUCCUAAGUGUAUAUUCCUUCACAAAUACUCCCACUAUAUGUCGAGUGAAAAGAAACGAUUAGACAAUGCUACAGAUGUAGGUUCGGAGAACACCGAGUCUACACAAGUUUUAUUGGAUUUAUUAUCAUACUUUAAGGCUAAUCGCAAUAAUCUGGAUGGAUACUUGCUGUACCUGGAAGGGGUGGUUCUGAAGAAAUUAGAUCUAAGAAGUCAGGCAGUGACAGUGCUGCAGGCAGCAGUGGCAGCUGCUCCUACUCUAUGGGCAGCUUGGGUGGAACUGGCCGGAUUAGCCAAUGAGUAUGAGGCACUGGACUCCCUGCAACUGCCAAAGCAUUGGAUGAUGUACUUCUUUGCAGCUCAUGCCUUUGUUGAACUGAAGUUGUCAGAGCAAGCUUUAGAAGCAUACAUGGUGUUGGUUACAGCAGGCUUUGAGAAGAGUAAUUAUGUGACUGCUCAAAUGGCUAUAGCCCAUCAUGAUAGGAGAGAUGUGGAUUCAUCAUUGGCCUUAUUUCGAGAACUGUAUGUAAAUGACCCAUACAGACUUGAUAACUGGGAUGUAUACUCUCAUCUCCUUUACUUGAAAGAGAAAAGAAUGGAAUUAGCCAACUUGGCUCAAAGAGCUGUGUCUAUAGACAAAUAUAGAGUGGAAACUUGUUGUGUUAUUGGUAACUACUACAGUUUGAGAAGUGAACAUCAAAAGGCAGUAAUAUACUUUCAGAGAGCUUUAUCUUUAGACCCUCAGUACUUAUCAGCAUGGAUCCUCAUGGGACACGAAUUCAUUGAGCUGCAGAACUCAAAUGCAGCUAUUCAAUGUUACAGACAGGCUAUAGAUGUUAAUAGAAACGACUAUCGCGCGUGGAAUGGACUCGGCCAAGCUUACGAAAUAUUGGGAUUGAAUGGUUACUGCAUAUAUUACUACUCAAGAGCGGCUCAACUUAAACCCGAUGAUUCUAGGAUGUUAGUGUCUUUGGGAGAAGCCUAUGAGAAGAUGGACAAAAUACCGAAUGCACUGAAAUGUUACUACAAAGCUCAUAGUACUGGUGAUAUCGAAGGAAUGGCCUUGUUCAAACUAGCUAAGUUGUACGAGAAAUCGAAUAUGCCUAACAGUGCUGCGGCGGCGUACACGGCAGCUUGCCAAGACCCCGCCAACGCCGGCAGUAAGGAGCUACCUGCGGCACAGCGGUACUUAGCACAAUACUACCUGAGGUUCUCGUUACUGGACCAUGCCGCACAUUACGCUUAUAAGUGCCUGGAGCAUGAAAGUACUAAAGAGGCAGGUAAAAACAUACUUAAAACAAUAUCAGAGAAGCGAUCUUCUUCGACAUCAUCACAACCAUCUACGGAGGACUUACCAGAGGCCAUUAAAAAUGUGUCUACUGUGUCCAUAUCCCACGACACGCCCAAGACGCCCCUGCCCAGCCCUAACGUGACGCCUGACAACUUCUCCACGCCAGUGUUCACAAGGAAAAACAGUAAAUACAAAAUGUGACAUACAAUAUCAAAGAAAUGUAAAAUGUGAGAGGUUGACUGAUAGUGUAAGGGUAUCAAUAUCACUUGUAAAAAUGUACAAUUCAAUAAAGAUUAUCAAAAGAU